UGGGGUGGUGGUGUGUACGGAGUGACCCGCUGCCACAAGGGUGGCGGCGUCAGGCAGGUGAGGUGCUCCUCGGCCACGACUCUCGUCUCUUGACUACCGACAUGUCGGAUACGGAGGAAGAUGUCAUUGAGGGGUCUGAUGAGGAGGGCGAGGCCAUGACGGCGUCUGAGGUCUUGCAUAAGCUGGAAGAGGCUUGGAUCACAGAGCGAAUGUCUCCUACCCUAGAGUGUCAUCAGAGUGAACUGGUAGAUUGUAUGCUUGACCAGAUCAACCAAAUGACUGAAAACCUUAAACGAUGCAAAAAACACGAUUUUAGAUUGGCUAUUCAUAAAAUGGAGAUUGAUAGAAUAAGAUACGUAAUAAGUAGCUAUCUUCGUGUGAGACUUGAAAAAAUUGAAAGAUUUGCUCAUUAUCUUUUGGAAAAAGAAGCAAAUAUCGCAGAUGAGAGUAUGGCAACACUGUCACCACAUGAAGUUGCAUAUGCAAAAGACUAUGCAUCAAAUCUGGAGUCUCACUUCCAAUCACUUGUGCUGCAACAUGUACCGGAGAACCUUCGUACCUUUGACCCUGCCAAGAUGAGUAUUAAGCCUAACAUGGAUAGUUACAUAUUCCUCCGAGUUAAGAAAGAGACUCCAGGAGUCUUGAUUGAGGACGACACUGGGGAAGGACGAGAUGAAGAGGUAGACUUGGAAGAAGGCAGUCAGCAUUUGAUGCGGUACAAACCCAUCAGUCACUUGCUUCACUCGAGCGCUGUAACCCUCAUCUAAACUCCCAAUGGUUGAAACAUUUCUUUGAACCAUGUAUUUCAGAAAAUUAUUUGUACUGCUGUUUUACUGAAAUUUAAUACAAUAUAGAAUACA